AACCCGAAGCGAAGUUGAGGUAACGGACCUAAGGGGCUGGCCCGGGGGCGGGGAGAGGACCCGUGGAUACCGGGAGGCCCGGAAGCCAGGCUCCUGGGGCAAGUAACCAGGUGAUAAGAGAAAUGAAGCCAACUGGUACAGACCCAAGGAUACUAUCUCUAGCUGCUGAGGUUGCAAAAAGUCCUGAGCAGAAUGUCCCUGUUAUAUUGUUGAAGUUAAAAGAAAUAAUAAACAGCACACCUUUAGGAGGCUCAGAGUUGAAGAAAGUCAAACAAGACAUAUAUUGUUAUGACCUCAUUCAGUAUUGCCUCUUGGUCCUCAGUCAAGAUUGUUCUCGAAUCCAGGGUGGUUGGUCUACCGUUUCCCAACUUACUCAAAUAUUAAGCCAUUGCUGUGUGGGCUUGGAGCCAGGAGAAGAUGCAGAGGAAUUUUACAGUGAAUUACUUCCAUCAGCUGUAGAAAGUUUUCUGGUUUUGGGAAGACGAUUACAGACAUGUUUCAUCAAUGCAGCUAAGGGUGAAGAAAAAGAUAAUUUACUACACUUUUUCCAAAUUGUGACUGAUUCUCUCUUCUGGCUAGUGGGAGGCCAUGUUCAGCUCAUUCAGAAUGUACUUCAAAGUGCUCAUUUCUUGCACUUACUGCAAACUGACAAUGUUCAAGUAGGAUCUACAGUCAUGACUCUGCUGCAGAACAUACUACAUAUCAACAGUGGUGAUUUACUGAGAAUAGAAGGAAAACACCUGCAUUCAAUUUUAGAUGAAGUUGUUUUCAAGCUUUUGUCUACUCCUAGUCCUGUCAUAAGAAGUACAGCUACAAAGCUCCUACUGUUGAUGGCUGAAUCGCAUCAGGAAAUUUUGAUUUUAUUGAGACUAAGUGACUGCUACAGAGGACUCAGAAGUUUACUGACUAAACAGGAAGCUGGGACAGAGCUUAGUCAAGAACUGAGACAGCUUCUUGACCUUUUAAGUCCUAAGGUCUGUCAGGACGUACAAGAGCAGAAACUGCAUAAAGCAGCUUGUGUGAUUCAAGCUUAUUGGAAGGGUUUCCAGACUAGAAAGAGAAUAAAGAAGCUUCCGUCUGCUGUUACUACUUUGCAGAGGAGUUUCAGAACUAAACGAACAAAGAUGUUGCUGAAGUUAGAUAGGCAGAAGGAGGAAGAGGACCACAGAUUACAACUGCAACUUCAAAGACAGAGAGCCAUGAGACUUUCCCGAGAAUUACGAUUGAGUAUGCUUGAAAUAGUUCAUCCAGGUCAGGUGGAAAAACACAAUCGAGAAUUGGAAGAGAAAUCAGCAUUGAUUAUCCAGAAACAUUGGAAAGGGUACAGGGAAAGGAAGAAUUUUCACCAACAGAGGCCAUCUCUUACGGAGUAUAAAGCAGCUGUCAUACUUCAGAGAGCAGCUCUUAAAUUCCUGGCAAAAUGCCGUAAGAAAAAGAAACUGUUUGCUCCUUGGCAAGGACUGCAAGGGCUCACUGAUGCACGCAGGGUUGAACUGAAGCAACGAGUGGAUGUCUAUGUGAGGAGACACCCAAGUGCUCAGAUGUCAGAUGCGGCCAGCAGGGAGCUCCAUGCCCAGGCUCAAGAACGAUUGCAACACUACUUUAUGGGCAGGGCUCUAGAGGAGAGAGCCCAGCAGCACAGGGAGGCUCUGAUGGCUCAGAUCAACACCAACAUUGAGCAGUUAAUGAGAGCACCAAGUCUGAAGGAGGCAGAGGGGAAAGAACCUGAACUCUUCAUCAGUAGAUCCAGGCCUGUGGCAGCCAAGGCCAGGCAGGCCCAUCUCGCCACCUUAAAGCACAUACAAGCACCCUGGUGGAAGAAGCUUGAAGAAGAACCAGGGGAUGAAAUUGAUGUCCCAAAGGAUGAGCUUAGUAUAGAAUUAGGAACUUUAUUCAUUGGUGGAACCAAACCCCCUUAAGGAGUUACUCAGAAAACUGACACAAAUCUUAAAUUUCAGGAGAUUAUAUUGGUUCUGUCUCUGCCAUGCUGGUAGACUAGGGCUAUCAUAACUCGUUGUUUUCCAGAGGCUCCUCUUCAGUCGGUACAUGCAGACAGUGAGCAAACAGUUAUCUUCUACCCCUAGCUCAUUUCUUUGUCUUUUCUCACAAGGCCUAUCCCUGGCCACACAGAAAUUUUUGUGGCUUUUAUUGUGGAACUUAGCUCAGCAUGGCAUUCUGUUUAUAUUAAAUGUGAGAUUUGUUUCUGCUGUUUUCCAACAAAAUUUUUUAUAAAUAUUUUCAGCAGUUCUGAAAGACUUGUCAGGCAUGCUUCAACUUUUCCCAUUUGUUGUUUAGAAUUCCUGUUUCUCUGUUAGUACAGGAACUGUGCUCUCAGCUUUUAUUAAGACGAGGAAAAGAAAUGGUCAACUAAAGGAUGUUUCACCAUUUUCUACAAAACAGUGGUCAAACCCAUUUCUGCUAUUAUUUCUAUAAAAAAAACUCUUCCUAGAAUUUAAUGUGGGAAAAGUUUCUCCAGAUAAAGUUUCAUUUUUUUAUUAAGCUAUGAGAACUGUAUAACCCAUUGUUCCCCUUUUUGUCUUAUGUCCUAGGAAUCCUAGAGCCUAAUAUAAUGCUUAAUUUCUGUUAUGAUCCUAGGUGCCAUAUGAUUAUUUGGUUCUAAGCUAAUAAUUUCUGAUUUCUCUAUCUUUACUCUAAAUUGUGUUUUAGUACCAGAAACCACCUCAAUUUGUGUUUGAAACACUAUGAAAUUUAAAUUAAAAUCAAUUAACAAGUCGUAGACUCCAUAUCGUAAGAAUCCUUGUCUUAGUCAUCUAGUGCUGCUGUAAUAGAAAUACCAAUAGAAAUUUAUUUUUUCACAGUCUAGUAGGCUAGAAGUCCGAAUUCAGGGCAUCAGCUCCAGGGGAAAGCUUUUUCUCUGUUGGCUCUGGAGGAAGGUCCUUGUCGUCAGUCUUCUCUUGGUCUGGGAGCAGCUCUUCUUCCAGGGCUGCUUUCUUGGUGGUAUGAGGUCCCCAUAUCUCUCUGCUUGCCUCUCUCUUUUAUAUCUCGAAAGAGAUUGGCUUAAGACACCAUCUAAUCUUGUAGAUCUCAUCAGUAUAACUGCCACUAAUCCAUCUCAUUACAUCAUAGUGAUAGGAUUUACAACACAUCGGGAAAUCACAUCAGGUGACAAAAUGGUAGACAGUCAUACAACAUUGGGAAUCAGGACCUAGCCCACUUGACAGAUAUUUUGGGGGGACACAAUUCAAUCCAUGACAAUCCUUGAGAGUGUUUUUGUAUAAAUGAGUAUAAUUACCAGUAUUGCUGGAUGAGAGGUCCAAAUAGUAUAAUGCCUAUUCUUCUCAAAUUAAUAUUAAUAAAAUUAUGAUUUCCAUCUGUAAGAAUAAGCAGGUGUGAGUUCUGGUUUCACUUAGAAUGUAGAAAGCUAUACAAAAGUGUUGAUUCCACCUGAAAAACAGAAAAUGCCAGAUAAUCUACAAAAAUAAUUUUUCUUGACAUCCUCUGAUAGUUGAGGCCUCAAGACAGCCAAGGCAACUGAGAUGGGAUUCCGUUUCUGUGAAACAAACUAUUUCAUCUUCAGGAGUGCACAGGAAAGGAGCCGUGGUGGUGCAGCAGUUAAGCACUUGGCGGCUAACCUAAAGGUGGGCAGUUGGAACCCCCCAGGCGCUCCACAGGAAGAAGAUGUCACAGUCCAUUUCUGUAAAGAUUACUGCUUCGGAAACCUUAUGGGGCAGUUCUACUCUGUCCUGUACGGUUUCUAUGAGGCAGAAUUGACUAGACGGCAGUGAGUUUGGUUUUUGGUUUUCGGGUGGUACAGUCCAUUAAGUGCCUGACUACUAGUGAAAGGUUGGCAGCUCAAACCAACCUAGAGGCGCCUUGGAAAAAUGGCCUGGCGAUCGUCUGAAAGGUUGCAGCCUCAAAAACCUUAUGGAGCAGUUCUACUCUACACACACAGGGUCACUGUGAAUCAGAAUCAACUUGAUGGCAACUGGUUUUUUGUUUUUUAUAUUUUAAUGUAGGUUUACAGAGCAAAUUAGUUUUUCUUUAAAUAAUACAUAUAUUGUUUUGUGACAUUGGUUGCCAACCCCAUGACAUGUCAACACUCCCCCCCCAUCUCAACCUUGGGUUCCCCAUUACCAGCUUUCCUGUCCCCUCCUGCCUUUUAGUCCUUGCCCCUGGGCUGGUAUGCCUCUUUAGCCUCAUUUUGUUCUGUGGGCCUGUCUAAUCUUUGGCUAAAGGGUGAACCUCAGCAAUGACUUUAGUACUCAGUUAAAAGAGUGCCCAUGGGCCAUACUCUUGGGGUUUCUCCAGUCUCUGUCAGACCAGUAAAUCUGGUCUUUUUGUGAGUUAGAAUGUCGUUCUACAUUUUUCUCCAGCUCUGUCCGGGACCUCUAUUGUGAUCCCUGUCAGAGCAGUCCGUGGUGGUAGCCAGGCACCAUCUAGUUGUGUUGGACUCAGUCUGGUGGAGGCUGUGAUACUUGAGGUCCAUUAGGUUCUUGUUUUGUUUUGUUGUAUGUUUGUUUUGUUUUAGGAUAUUUUGAAAAAUACAGAUGUUUGUGCACAUAUCUGAUUUAAUUAGUCUUAGGUGGGGACUGAGCAUGAAGGCAUAGUAAAAAGCCCCCUGGGUGGUUUUAAUUUGCAGGAGGGUUCAGCAACUACCGUCUAAUGAGUUAUGGUGUGGAAAGAAGAAUAUCCACAAUUAUCUGAAAAGGCUAUUAAGAUACUCUUUUCUAAUUCUUAUCUAUAUGAAGCUGGGUUUUCUUCAUACACUUUAAACAAAACAAAUCACAGCAGACUGAAUGCAGAAGCCCAUAUAAAGAUCCAGGUAUCUUCUUUUAAGCUAAAUAUUACAGAUUUGCAAACAUGUAAAAAUGCCACUCCUUUCCCUAACACUUGUUUUGAAAAAUAUAUUUUUCAUAAAAAUACAUUAUUUAUGUUAAUAUGUAAUGAGUAUUAUUACUCGUAAAUGAAUCCAUAAAUAUUUUUAAUAUUUCUCUGUUUUAAUUCUAAUACAGUAAAUACUGACAGAUAUAACUAGUGGUAUGCUGAAGCCUUCUCUUACUGGAUUGCCAAAGCUGGUUGUUAAAAUUUUCAGCAAUAUUGUGAACUAGUUGUUAAACACAACCAUUAUUAAAUAUAUCUUACAAUUACAACAAAAGUAAUAUGUCUGUUGUAGCUAUAUGGUGGAAACUUGAUUUCCCCCCUUUUUUUUUUCCGCAGUGCCGUCGAGCCGAUUCCGACUCAGCAACCCCAUAGGACAGAGUAGAACUGCCCCAUAGGGUUUCCAAGGAGUGGCUGGUGGAUUCAAACUGCUGAUGUUUUGAUUAGCAACCAAGCUUGUAACCACUGCACUACCAGGGCUCCAUAAGUGUGUGUGUGUAACAUGUAAUAUGUACUACAUAUGUAUAUAUAUGUAAUAUUCCUGCAUAUCUUUUCAUAGUCAGUGAUGGCACAUUGAUAUUGGUAGCUUGAAAUCAGGCAUGGCAGGAGUGAUUACACCACAGAAAUCAGUAAGUACGCACCAUAAAAUCCCCUCUGGUUGUUGGACAUUUACCAGCAUAUCACUGGAUUAUAACCCGCCUAAACAAAAUUCCUUAGAGUCCUGGUUAAUAUGUAAGUGUAUUCAGGGUCCUGAAACCCACAAGUUUGAGAACUGCUGACGUAGACGAUUGUUUCAGGACUAAAUAGUCUCGCACUUGGUCUGCUGCCUCGCCUACUCGAGAGCGUAAAAUAGGCAAUUCAUAGACUCUUCCCUGAGUCAUCCCAUUUUGACCCUUCCCUGGAAUCUAACAAUAAUGACAAUACUACUACUACUAAGUAAUACUUAACAUUUAUUGUCUGAUAUAUGUCAGAUUCUGUGCUAUUUUAUGGUCACUGUCUCAUUUAAUCUUCAUGACAGCUCUAUAAGAUAGGAGCAUUUAUAAUGUCCGCUUUACAGACGUGAAUACUGAAGCUGAGAAACUAACCUGCCCAAGUUAGUUAAACCCAGGACAUAUAUAACCAUUUACUCAUUUGACUUAAUCACUCAUUCAGUCUUUUGGUAUUUUGAAUUUAUGUCGGCUUUUAAUUGUUAACAUGCAGAUGGCUCAUCACCACUUUAUGUAAGUCCCCCAUCCUGCAUUAUGCAUGUUGUAGAUAAUACGCAAGGUUCAAUGACAGAGGUUUCAGUAUCUGACCAGGUGUCUCUGCACUAUGUCAGAGAUGCUGAACUCCAAGAAACAUCCAUUCAGUCAAAGAAUAUCUAUAGAUGCAUUUAUACUGUAAAAGGUGCUGUGCCAGAUGCAGAAGACACAGUCCCUGCAUGUAUACAGUUUGCAUGCCAUUAGGAGAGAAAAUCAUUAAACAAAUUAUUUGAAGUGUGAUCGCUGGUAUUUUGUAAGGAGCGAUAAAUGUACACAAGAGAGUCACUAAAUUAGUUUGGGAGAUGGUCAGGGAAAGACCCUCUAAGAAGUGACCUGAGGGGUGAGCUGGCCAGUUGAAGGAGUAGAACAGGAGUGUUCCAGACAGAGGAAAUGAAAAGACUCUGUUUGACGAGUUUACCAAAAAGGAUGGACUCAGUAACUAUUUGUUGAGUGUGGAUUUGUCUAGCACACAUGCAAAAGUGGGCUUUCCCUGCCAUUAAAAGAUACAAUUUCAAGUGCUCUGGGUUUUCACAAGAAUAAACAAAUGGAAACAAUAACGAGAAUAUUAAAUAAAAAUAAAAGACAAGAAAUAAAUAUGGAAUGAACAAAUUGGCUUUAUUGAAUGUCCAUAGAGGCCAUAAGACAGAGUUGAGAGAAGGUCCUAGAUGACUGUCUGUGGAAUGUAUAGUACUACCCCCAGGCAUGAAAAGGAAGUCACAUAUCUAAGUGGAAAAUCAGCUCCCAGGGAGCAAUGACUCAACACCUGUGUAUCUACAUGAUUCCUAUUAAGCAUCUUAUUACCAUGUCUACAGUCCAUGAAUUAUGCAGCCAAACGCCUCAUUCAUAUUAAUCGGGCUGUAUUUCUGGCACCUGUCAGCCUAAUUGAAAUGGGUGUAAGGAAGGGGAAUGAGAAGGUAAUCCAGGGGGCUGAGAAAGAGGGCAAGAGGCAGAGGCUAGGGCUGCAUUCCCUUCAGGGAUCAGAAAGGAGGGUGUUAACUUCGGGUUAUACGAAACCUAUUAAUAAUUUGGUUUUAACUCUAGGUCGAAUACACUUUCCUAAGCAGCAUGCUUACUACUCUAAGUAAUAAAUGGAGAAAACCUCUUAAUUAUUAAGAAAUGAUCUUCUGAUAAAGAUCAAGGAGAGUUUAUUGAGGAAGACACACCUAAGCAAAGUAAGACACACGAAGUUGACAUCAUACCUUCUCGCAGUAUCUGCGCUACAUGUAAAUCUUCAAAUCUGUCAGUUAUAUCACCAAUGGUGUGAUGACUUGUUAGUCCUGGUGACUGAUGUUCUUUGAUAGGAAUAUCGGGAGAAUAAGCUUUAGAGACAAGAGUCCUUGAAAGUACCUAUGAGGCAAAUCAGAGAUGUUCGUUUGAUAUGUAACUUGAGUUCCAGUGACCUCUUUAAGGUGCUAAUAUCUUAACUCAUCAAAUACAGCUGUAUCCUGAGGAACUGCUACAGUACUUGGGAGUUCCUGAAAAGAGGGGUCUGCCACAUCUCCUAAAUAAGAACAUUCCUCAAAUUGAUGGGCUCGAAAAGUAUCCUUUACAAAGCUUACUUAGAGGCCUGGGAUUCAUUCUUAGAUCCUGGAUCAAAAAUCAGCCACACCAGUGCCUGGCACAUGGUCUAUGUUUACUAUUUGUUGAAUGAAUAUUGAAGAAGAGUUUUAUGGUCACCCCUUCCAGGAAUUUCCUUCUGUUUGGCUUCAGAUUGUUCAUGUCCCUGGCUUCAGGCGCCCCAGAAUGAGAAAGUCACCAUUGCUCCCCAUAUGACUUCCUCAUAUAAUGUAAAUGUUCAGUAAUGAUUCAUGGAGUAAUAAUAGUGUAUGAGUUAUUGUGGCAUAAACACUGCGCUCCUUUACAAAACACCAUGGCUCUGUCGCCUUUGGAAUCCAAGCUUAGACCCUUCCCCCACCCUUGGUUUCCUGCCUGGCUUCAAAGGCUCCAUGAAGGACCCAGAGCCUACAGAUUCUAGGGGGAAGACUCUUGGAGUUAAUGGAGGCCUCACUAGCCUAUUCUAGGCCUUUGAGUUAAACAGCUUUGGCAUCUCUAACUCCUGCCAACAUGGUGGGAGUUUUAACAGUGAUCUCUUUCUCAGCUCUUAGAGGAGCAGUUCCCAGCCAGGUUAGGGCUGAGAGGUGACCCCUACCAUCCUCCAUGCAAGAAUGUCUGUCCUCUUUAGCGCUCUUCCUCUACCAUGUGCCAGCUUCCUCUUCAGCCCUAUUCACCUUUGGACAAGGUGGUGCUGCUUGAGGGUGUUUGGUGAGAGCUGGAAGGCAGGUAUUAGGGUCUUAGCACCAAGGCAGGAGCAGGAACCACCAAGCUUUUGCAUCCCCAUCAUCUCUGAUGCCUCUGAGAGUCCUAGACCUGGGAGGUCUGCUCACUCCACACCUGAAGCCCUCACAGGGUCCAACCUGCCACACUUACUUCCCAACCUGGCGCUCAUCAAGCAGGAGGCAAGGAAGCACCUGCAGCUUUACAGACAGACCAACCAACCCCGUUGCUGUUGAGUCAACUCAUAGCGACCCUGUAGGAUAGAGUAGAACUGCCCCAUGUGGUUUCCAAGGCUGUAAUAUUCACAGAAGCAUUAUGCAUCUUUCUCCCACGGAGAGGCCGGUGGAAACAAACUGCCGACCUUUUGGUUAGCAGUCGAGUGCUUUAAUCACUGCAACACCAGGGCUCCUUCCACAGACAGAACAGGUCCCCACAUCUCAAAGAUAGGCCAUAUACAGGAACCUGUGGAGACCAGGAGCCUUGAAGUAGGCAGGAAAAUACAUAUCAAGGGCUGUACUACAUUCAGUUCUGAGGGGUUCAAAAGGAUGACACAAAAGUCAUCAAGCCUUGUUAUGGAUUGAAUUGUAUCCAACCAAAAUUUGUUUUGGAAUUCUAACCCCUAUACUUGUGGAAAUAAGCCCUUUUGGGAACAGGGUUUUCUUUGUUAUGUUAAUGGCACCAUAUCAGUGUAAGCAUCUUAAGCCUAGUCAUUUUUAAUUAUUUCGUUGUCGUUGUGAGAAUAUACACAGCAAAACAUACACCAAUUCCACAGUUUCUACAUGUACAACUCAGUGACACUAAUUACAGACUUUGAGUUGUGCAACCACUCUCAGCAUCGAUCUCUGAGUUGUUCCUUCCCCAUUAACAUACACUCACUGCCCCCUAGCUUCCUAUCUGUUCCUUCAAGUUGCUGUUGUCAACUUGAUUCCAUGUAGAUAGUUCUUAAAAAAGCAUAAUGCUCAAGACAGACAUUUUUUUUUACUAGUGAAGCUAAGUAUUGUUUGGUUUUCAGAAGAAUUUAAGGAAUAUUUUUGGUUUAAGGCUUAAAGAUUAUCUCAGGGCAGUAGUUUUGAGGGUUCAUCCAUUUUCCAUGUCUCCAGAAAGUCUGGGUUCCAUGAGAAUUUGAAUUUUUUUUGCACCCCCCGCCCCCACCCCCCUUUGAUAAGGCUUUUUCUAGAGAUCUUUGAUCAAAAUGUUCAGAAGUGGUUGCCAGGCCCCAUCCAGUUUUUCUGGUCUCAUGGCAAAGAAGGAAGGCAGUUGUUCACUGAACAAUCAGCCACACAUUCCAUUUCCUCCUCCUAUUCUUGAUUCUCCUUCUUCUGUUCCUUAAGGUGGAUAGAGACCAACUGUCGUGCCUUGAACAGCCAACUGCAAACUUUUAAGACCCCAGGCACUAUGUAACCAACUAGGAAGUAGAACAGAAGCACUAAACACCUUAUUAGGUCAAUUAACUGGGAUGUCCCAUAAAACCAUGACCCUAAACCUCUCAACCAAGAAACCAAAUCCCAUGAGGUGUUUGGUUGUACAUAAGCAGCCUUAGCAGCUACUCU